UUGGCUUGCUGGUGUACCUUGGGGUAUGUGGUCUGUACCAGUAUGUGGUCUGUACCAGGAAAAGAGAUGCAAGUUAAAAGGCUUUAUGUUUGGGUAUGUGGUUAGGGUUAGAGGUUGCUUGGUCUAGAUGACUUUAAAGCUAAACCCUUAAAAAAAGACUUUCAGUGUAAUAAACAUAAAAUCAAAACAGAGUGUACAUAUGUUUACAAACUUGAAAGGUAUGUCUCCCACUGUCCUGUGUGCUUAUAAAGCCAGCAGCAGCCACACUUAUAACUCAUAGCCAAGCAUUGCUGACAGGAAGAUGAAGACCAUUGUUGGAUUAGCUCUACUUUUCUGUGUGGCUACAGCUGUUGGAAAACCAGCAAGGCCACAAGACCUUCCAAAGUGUCUUCAAGGAGCAUGGUUUGAAUUUAAAGCCAAAGAUGAAGCUUGCUCCAACAAAAUAAUGGAAGUUUUCCAAAAUCAAAAGGUCAAUGACAGCUACAUUGGAUCUCUGUGUGCCAGUGCUUGUGCAAAAGAAGCCAACGACUACAUGAAAGACAAGUGUGGAGUGAUGUCCCUUGCAGACGUUUUUUGCUCUAAAGACCCAAUUGACCAGCAUUAUUGCUUUACACACAAUAAAACUGUCAAUACUUCCGGCCAAUAUUAUAAAGCUGUGCAAGGACCCUGUGCCAACAAAGACUGCAGUGACCCAACGUGCAAUGCUGCAGUGAAGAAUAUAAGUUGCUGUGCUAAGGAGCUAAACGAGUAUACUACAGACUUUGGUCAUACAACCUUCCAACUACCCGGUAUCUGUGUGUUACCGGGAGAGUGUGCCAAAACUGAACAUCAGCACAUGACAAAGAUUCUCCUACAGAACUAGUAGCUACUAGUGACAAUAUUGACUGCAUAUAGGACAUUCAUGUGAACUGUUUAGUAGUUCAGUUAUACACACAUGUAUGCAGUGUAUUGUACAUGUAUAUAUUACUAAAGACACACA